ACUGGAACCUGUUUCGUCAGGGUUCGGUUUCCAAGUUGGCCAUUGAACUUAAUUCGCACUCAUCCCAACGCCCAUUAACGACUUGACCCUUCGUCAACACAAAACAACAUCGAUUCUAUACAUACAUUCUCAAUAACGAUAACGCUCUUUGUUUGUGUUUUUUCCAUUUUCAUCUGACCCAUCCUAGCGAGUUCAUCUCUUCAGAGGCAUUGACGACGAUCCGAUUCAUCUUGGCUUGAGACGACCUAAGCCAUUGCGAUUGAAGCUGAAAAGCCAACAAACAAGACACAUACAUACUUUCGCAGCCUGAUUUUUGGCUUUAUCAACGAGCAGAUCGCUUUCUCGAAUCUCCUUCCAAUCUUCCCUCCUACAUAUCUCGAAAGUCUUCACAUCGACCUCCAAUAUGCGGUUUGAAAUCGACCCCGACAUCGUCCCCAACCUGAAACUUGGCCUUCACUCUUUCCAGAUCAUCAUAUCUCUGGUCGCAUGGUGUUUGCAAAUUGGUGUUUUCAAUGCAAAGGAUGCAGAGGUCACUGGAAGGAAUGGCUGGACAUUCGCAGUGUGUUUCCUUUCUGUCCCAGCAUGGAUCUUCCUCAUCAUGACUCCCCGAUGGGGCCGCACUCGUCGCUUUGCUCAACCGCAUGCCAUGCUUGCUGUUGACGCUGCUUUCACAAUCAUAUGGCUAUCUGCCUUUGCUACUCAGGCUGCCUACAAUGCCGCUGGUCAAUGUGGAAAGGCCUGCAGCAUCAGCAAGGGUAUUGUCGGUUGUGGUGUUCUGGUAACCCUCCUCUUCGCUGGUUCAACUUUUGUUUCCGCGUUUACCCUCAACUACUACAACAACCACAACAUCCUGCCAGGUUACGAUAACCGCCAGAUGGGCAGCGACAACAUCGACCCUGACAAGGCUGCUUUCUCCAUGGCUCCUCACGGCGAUGAGGCUUACGAGCGAGUCGACAUGGACGAUCACGAGCCCUCAGGCAGUGCCUACGGCGGUGGCUACAACAACAACAGCUAUAACAGCCACUCCCGCUAUGGCGAUGCCAACCCCUAUAGCGCCGAUGACGAGGAUCCCGACCGUUUUGGUGCCCUCCCCCCUCGAAACAACACCCUCUUCGACAACGACACUGAGUACCACUCCGGCGGUGCUCCUCCAUCAAUGCCUGCCAGCUACGCCAACCCAACAGGUGGUCAUCCUUAUGAGGAUGUACCCGCACAAUUCCCCGCCGGCAACUACGAUAGGGGGCACUAAGUAGCAACAGCGUGAUAAAUGAAAGAAAGGAUAUAUCGGUCUCUUUUUUAUGCAACGGUGUUCAUUUUGAUUGGGUGUGGAAUAGCCUGGGAAACUGCGUCUGGGAUGCGGGGUUCACAUGUUUUGUACGGUAGAUAACGCCUCUGGUCGAGGAGCGGCGUUUAACGGCGUCAUGGCUUUCGCGGAGACAAGGGAGAUGGAUGAGGCCUUUGGCUGCGUAUGAUCUAACUUAGACAUUGCACCCAUGCAAACACACACACAUAUAUAUAAGGCACUUUGGAUUCUCUCA